AUGGCGAGGCACCGCGGUUCAGUUCAGGCGACAAUGGUGGACAUGGCGACUCAUUUCCUGCGCUUCCUGAAUCUCAUUGUGCUGGCUGGAGGCGUCGCGUCAAUAGUAAUAAUGCUCAUAAUCCGCCCCGUGCCGCUCUUUCCUCCUGGCUGGGGCUUCAUCCUGCUCGGCGCGCUUACAGUCGCAUCCGGUCUGCUAGGAGUUGUUUCAGCUGCGCGGCCAGGAUUCUUCUUCGACUGCCACGUGUUCUGCCUUUUGGUUUCCCUCGCGGGCUUCCUCGCGUCGUUCCUGGUCAUCUUCCUGCGCCUCGAUGUAAUCGUGGGGAACUUGGGCCCGGCGGUAGAGAGCGGAAAGGCGCGGCAGCUGGUGAGCACGGAGGGCGCCAUCUACCUCGUGCUCUUCGUCACGCAGCUCGUCGUGCUGCUGCUCGCCGCCAUCGUGCAGUGCUGUGGCGCAGCUGACUAUAGCGAUGCCUACGAAUCGAUUUCCCCCGUUAGAGCCUCAACCCGCAGAUAUGAAGAGCCUCGGCGGCCGAGGAUGGAGGCUCGUGCUGCUCCUCGAAUGACGGAAAGACCUAGUGAAGCCCCCCGGCGGUGGAUUCCGGCAAAGCCGGCGGACCCGACGCCGCCAGCAAUAGCAGGUGGCGUGGAGUAUUCGGGCAGAGUGGUGGGAGAUAAGACGCAGAGAAUGGCGGAGCAGCUUCAGCAGAAGUACGCGCACUGGGUCAAGCGCGACACGCACUUCGUUGAGAGCCUUUCGAGCAAGUCGUCCGUUAGCCAGCAGUCUCUUUCGCUCACUUCCCUCAAGAAGCAUUCGCUGGCGUCUGCUGUCUCCGCUCCUCGCGCGUCCAUUUCGAAUAAUGCGGAAUUCGGCAAGCCCGAGAAUCCGAGGGCGAGCCGGAUCGUGCCGUCCGCCGUGGCGAGCGAGGCCGCAGCAGUGAGCAACGCGCCAAAUGCAUUCCACACGGAAAACGGUUACCUCUACGUCGAAGAUCUGCGUGUUGCUGACGUGGCAGAGCAGAUCUGGCAGCAAGAGGACAACUUCCGUCCCUUCUACCUCUACAGCCGUCCGCAGAUCCUCCGCAACUAUAACGCGUAUGUGGACGCGCUAAAGGGCCUGCCGGGGUCUAUUAUCGGGUACGCGGUGAAGUCGAACAACAACCUCAAGGUGCUGCAGACGCUGUGCGGCGCGGGCAGCGGCGCCGUGCUCGUCAGCGGCAACGAGCUCCGCCUCGCGCUCCUUGCCGGCUUUGACCCCUCCCGGUGCGUGCUGAACGGCAACGGCAAGCAGCAGCACGAGCUGGAGCUGGCCGCGGAGCACGGGUGCCUGAUCAACAUCGACAGCGAGUUCGACCUCGAGCAUGUCACCGCCGCCGCCGAGGCCACCGGCAAGGUCGUCAACGUGCUGCUCCGCAUCAACCCCGACGUCGACCCGCAGGUGCACGCGUACGUGGCGACGGGCAACAAGAGCAGCAAGUUCGGCAUCCGCAACGAGCGCCUGCGGUGGUUCCUCGACCAGAUCCGCGCGCGCGAGGGCAAGCUGCGCCUCGUCGGCGCGCACUGCCACCUGGGGUCCACCAUCACCAAGGUGAACGUGUUCCGCGAUGCGGCGCGCAUCAUGGUGGGGUAUCUGGACGAGAUCCGCGCGCAGGGCUUCCCCGUGCAGUACCUCAACAUCGGGGGUGGACUCGGCAUCGACUACUCGCGCUCCAAUGCCGUGCUGCCCUCGCCCACCGACCUCAUUGACACCGUGAGGGAGAUAGUGACGGACCGCGGGCUGACGCUAAUCAUCGAGCCGGGGCGGUCGCUGAUCGGCAACACGGCGGCGUUUGUGUGUCGGGUGAUCGGGGUGAAGAGCAACGGCAGCAAGGACUUCAUCGUCGUCAACGGCUCCAUGUCUGAGCUCAUCCGCCCCGCCCUCUACGACGCCUACCAACACAUAGAGCUGGUGGCGCCGGCGCCGGAGGGGGCGGAGGAGCGAAGCUUUGACGUGGUGGGGCCCGUGUGCGAGUCCGCUGACUUCCUCGGCAAGGCCCGCUCUCUGCCCACACCUGCUGAGGGGGAUGCUCUUGUGGUGCACGAUGCUGGAGCGUACUGCAUGGCCAUGGCUUCCACAUACAAUCUCAAGAUGCGCCCUCCUGAAUACUGGGUUACUGAGGAGGGUAAGAUCCAGAAGAUUCGCAGGGGAGAGACGUUUGAUGACCACCUUCACCUGUUUGAAGGUCUAUAA